AUGCCUUUCACCAAGCUCGUCAAGAACAACGCGUACUUCUCCCGCUACCAGGUGAAGUACAAGCGUAGGAGGUCCGGCAAGACCGACUACUACGCUCGCAAGAAGCUCAUCGCCCAGGCCAAGAACAAGUACAACGCUCCCAAGUACCGCCUGGUCGUUCGCUUCACGAACCGCGACAUCAUCUGCCAGAUCGUUUCCUCUGAGCUCAACGGCGACAAGAUCCUCGUCGCCGCCUACGCCCACGAGCUCAAGCGCUAUGGCAUCACCCACGGUCUGACCAACUGGUCUGCCGCCUACGCCACCGGCCUUCUCGUCGCUCGCCGCGCCCUGAAGAAGCUCAACCUCGACGAGACCUUCAAGGGUGUCGAGGAGCCCGAUGGAGAGUACGCCCUCACCGAGGCUGCCGAGGGCGAUGAUGGCGAGGAGCGCCGCCCCUUCAAGGUUUUCCUUGAUGUCGGUCUCGUCCGCACCUCGACCGGUAACCGUGUCUUCGGUGCCAUGAAGGGCGCCUCCGACGGCGGUCUCUACGUCCCCCACUCCGAGAACCGCUUCCCCGGUUUCGACAUCGAGUCCAAGGAGCUCGAUGCUGAGGUCCUCCGCAAGUACAUCUACGGCGGCCACGUCGCUGAGUACAUGGAGACUCUCGCCGACGACGAUGAGGAGCGCUACAAGUCGCAGUUCUCUGGCUACAUCGACGAGGACCUCGAGGCCGACGGUCUUGAGGAGCUCUACGAGGAGGCCUUCAAGCAGAUCCGCGCCGAUCCCUUCAAGGCCGACCCUGAGGCCAAGGCCAAGAAGUCCAAGGACGAGUACAAGCAGGAGUCGCUCAAGUACAAGCAGAACAAGCUCACCAAGGCGGAGAAGGAGGAGCGCGUCAAGGCCAAGAUUGCUCAGCUCAAGGAGGAUUUGUAA